AUAGAUUGGUUCAAAAGGACAAGCGGGACAAAUCAGACAAACCAAUUUAUGAACAAGAACAUAAUAAAGAGAAAACCCAAUCAAAAGUUGAUAUUGGAAAUAAGGAUGAUGAAAGAAAUGGAUUUAAUGACAUUAGAAAUUAUGAUAUAAUUAAACAAGAUCUCGAGCCAAAUAUCGAUUCUACAAAGACACUUGAACAAAAGAAUAUUCAGGAGAAGAAUGUCGGGCAAGAAGAUAAAGAGGAACAAGAGGAGCAAGAAGAACAAGAGGAACCAGAGGAGCAAGAAGAAAUAAGUUUAGAUGACAGUGGAAUUGAUAUUGGAGAAUAUGCACCUGAAUCGGCUGAGGAAAAUAAAAAAGAUCAAGACAUAGAUUUUGAAGAAUCUCAACCUGAAGCAAAUCAGCUUGUUGCGAAUGAAGAAAAUGGUAAUGAAUUUUUCCUUGAAACAAUCGAUAAAGACUCAGAAGUUGGUGAAACAAUUGAAGGAAGUACCGAAUAUUUUAGCGACAAAGAAUUACAUCAUUCAAGUGACACACUAGGAUCACCUAAGAGUGAUACAGAUGAUAGUAUAGAUAAUUCACUCGCUUUUGAGCCUCGUGUAUCCAACGAUCGGAUUUUUCCGGUUGAAGAAAUACGCAUGGUUCAAAGCGAUUUAAUAAUUGAUGAUGAUCGUGAAGAAGAGACUAGUGAUAAUGGAAUGGAAUAUCGUGAAUAUGUCGAUCCUAAUAUUAUAUCGAAUGCUACAUCACAACUCCCUGGAAAUUGGCCAACAGCUGAUGUUCCUCCUCCACCAAAUCCAAACUUUACAAAGCUUGUAGAUUUAACCAAGGUUUCAAAAGCUCCCGUUAACCCAGCAACUCCUAAUUGUGCUGCUAACACUAAUGAUACUUUUUGUUAUUGGUCUUGCACCGGAU